AACCUAGACCAUCUACACUGGCACCCUACGAGAAUCCAUAUCCCUUUUGUGCAGCGGAUGAUACCGUCUUUGCUAUACCCCUGCCGAUCGCUUCACAUCACUAGCUCAAGACAUUGUCUCCAUGCCUAAGCACAGCCAAGACGGGCUGGAGUGGGACAGCAGCGGCCUUGACCUUGUCCCUCGGUGGACGCGCCAGCCAUCAACCGAGGCAAUCGAGACGGUGUGCCGACAACGUCUUCACAUCAGUAGCAAUACCAGUUGCAGUAUCACCUUCCACGCCGAAGGUGCGUUCAACAAGCUCUACCUCGUCAAGACCUAUGAGCAGUCCCUGCUCAUGCGUGUCACGCUGCCGGUGUGUCCUCGCCACAAAACCCGUGGCGAGGUGACCACCACGCGAUGGCUUGCCGAGAAUACGACCAUUCCGGUACCAAAUAUCGUCGCCUUCGACGAUACCAGCAACAACGAGAUAGGUUUUGAGUGGAUUUUGAUGGAGCUGAUGCCUGGGGAAACGGCAUGGAGGAAGUGGAGAACACUCAAGAUGGCACAAAAGGUCUUCCUGACACAACGGAUCGCCGAGUUCCAAGCACAACUAUUUCGACACAACUUUCCCGGGGCUUCAUUCCGGGGAAUAGGCACGCUUGGAUGCGCCGCUGGUGGAGAAGAAAGCACCGGGCCUGGACAGCUGGUCUCAGGCAUGUUCUUCAUGGGCGACCAUAUCAACUAUGACGGGGUGCACCGAGGGCCGUUUCGCUCAAGCCACGAUUGGGUCAAGUCGUACUUGGAAAUCGCCAUGCGGGAGUUUGAGGAUAUCAAAGCGAAUUGCGAAGAAGAGGACGAGGUAGAAGAAGCCGAGGACGCCUUGAUAGUCGCCAAGCAGCUCCUCACACUUCUGCCGAAGAUAUUUCCACCCAUCGAGGAGCCACCGGAACGUACCGUGCUCAUGCAUCACGACCUAGGGCCAUCCAACAUACUGCUGGAUGAAGACGGUAACGUUUCGGCUGUGCUGGACUGGGAGUGUGUCUCAGCCAUGCCGCUAUGGGCGGUCACUGAAGUGCCCAAGUUCCUCCGGAACUGUGAUCGAGAGGAUGAACCUAAGCGUGAGACCUACGCUGACGAGACCCCUCCACCAGAAGGAUCGUCAGGCAAUGGACAGCAGGAUCCUGACGAGCUGGAUAACGAAGGAAAGAAUGAACUGUACUGGAUCCAUCUCAUGGAAUACGAGACCACCCAGCUGAGAAAGAUAUACCACGAUAAGAUGAGGAGCAUCUGGCCGGAUUGGGACCUGUGCGUGGAAGAAAGCAGGCUUAAGCUGGACUUCUAUGAGGCCGUGGCUCGCUGCUCAGACGGCUGGUUCCUCGGGGGAGUCCAGAGGUGGGUGAACAAGAUCGAGGCGGGGGACUUUGUGACCCUGGAGAGCGUAUUGAAUCGGGGUCCGGUGGUGAAGUAUACAGGUUAGAAACACUUGUAGGCAG